AUGUCGGAGCACGCGCGCGAGUACGACCCGCUGUUCCCGCGCAGCUACGCGGCGUCCUCCACGACGUCCACGUCCACGGCGCCGCGCUGCUACGGCGGCUUCGAGCAGCAGAAGCGCGUGUGGGCGUCCACGGCGCGGCGGUCGCAGCGCAUCCGCGUGAUCGCCGGGCUGCAGCUGCUGCUGGGGCUGCUGGCGUCGGGCAACUACCUGUGGCUGUCCAACAUCUUCAUGUUCGUCGUGGGGGUCGUCGGGCUGCUGGCCGUGCGCUCCGAGCGCAUGAGCUGGACCGUCGUGUAUUUGCUGCUGAGCGCCAUGGAGUUCGCGCGUAUUGUGAUGCUGACGCCGCACCUGUACGAGCGGUUCGAGGUGCCAGGGUACGCGUUCACGCGCUACGAGUACUUCCAGGUGGCCGUGCUCGUGCUGGAAGAGGUGCUGCUAGUGCCAGCAGCGUUCUUCGUGUGCAUCGCCGCUGCAGCGGCCGUUGCCAAUCCGCUGUGGUAA